GCUAUUAGUCACCCGCGUUCUGGAGAAUGGACCCCUCUACCAGAGGUGAACCAAUACAUAGAAUUAUGGGCUAGAAAAUCCCUUGACAGGGUUAGUCGCAACAAACUUAGGGCUGAAUGCCCUAGACCCCUUAUACCCAAUAAAGUGGUGGCUACCCCUGAGAUAGACCCCAUUUUAACCAAAUAUCUAAUGAAAUCUGGCAAAUUCCAGAGAAAAGGGGUAGAACGAUCAUUCCGAUCCAUUCAAGAUCGUGUUCUAGACAUGAUGGGGCCCCUGACCAAGAUCCUCAAUCUUUCGGAACAGGCGGCAGCAUCCGGGCAACCGGUCGACCUACAACAGCUGAGAGGCUGGGCGCAAAGAGCAAUAUGCCUGGCUGGCACUGCCAAUACGGCAUGCUCGAUUGAAAGACGCCGAUCUAUACUGAUGCGUCUGGACCCCCAGUUAGCCCACCUGGCGGAGUCAGAACCCGGACCGUCUGCGGACGGCAUGUUAUUUGGAGACUCUUUAUUGAAAGACGUCAAUAAAUUUGUGGGCCUUUUUACGAGCCUGGACAAGGCUCAAAAUUCCUUGAGGAAAGCUGGGACCCCCAAGGUUUUUAACAGGGCCGGCAGAAACAGAGGCCGAUCUGCCGGCCGUGCCCCUUCCUACAGGCCACAAAAUAGAGCCCCAGUACAAUACCAGUACCCGCAGGCUCAAUCCUACGCCGCUCCAGUGGCACAACCUGCCCCCUUCUUUCCACCACGAGGCAGACCAUGGCGAGGACGAGGGGGACGAGGUUACCCACGAUCCCGACCUCCCACCGGUUACUGAAUAUCGUACCUGGGUAAUACUCCGGAUUGGGAUACUUGAAAGUUCUACUGUCUUCUUACCCCUGUUGGGACGGAACGCCUAUUGAACCCUCGUUGGGUUAAAAUUUCUCCGAGACCCCCGUUGGGACUCGACGAACGACUCUGAUCCAAGUUAUGGAUUCCUCGGACCCCGGCCGGACGGAUACAGUUCAAGACGACGACAUCCGACGGGCAAGAUCUUCGCAGCAAGAAAGAGGAGGAUCUUAGUCGGGCAGUCUGUUAUAUAGAGGUCACCGACCUGGGCGUGGCUACGGAUUAC